AUGCAUACAGUUGUGGCUAGUGAAAUGACGUGGCUGUACCCUGGCCCAAAAAUUUCCCCCGUUUCAAGUGCACAAAAUGCAUACAUUUCUCUGGAACGAGGUAGCAUGAUGAUGCCCAUACAAAAGCCGACAGUGAACCAAAAUAAUGAAAAAAACAAAUUUGUUGAUGGAAUGAGAAAUGAACGAGGCCUAGCAUUCGAAACAUAG